AUGGUUGAUUUGGAGCCAACCGUCGUGGACGAUGUUCGAAAAGGGAGCUAUGGGAAACUGUUUCAUCCCGACUUCCUCUUGUCGGGAAAGGAAGAUGCUGCGAACAACUUUGCCAGAGGAUAUUACACCGUCGGCCGAGAGAUGGCUGAUACAGUGAUGGAUUGCAUUCGUCGCCUGGCCGACAACUGCGACGGUCUUCAGGGAUUCCUAGUGUUUCACGCUGUCGGCGGCGGGACUGGCAGUGGUCUCGGAUGCCACCUCAUGGAAACACUGUCUGCGGAGUUCGGAAGGAAGCCAAAACUCAACUUUUGUGUUUGGCCCAGUCCGCAAGUCAUAUCGUCGGUCACCACCUCUCUUCGGUUCGACGGCGCACUCAAUGUGGAUAUGACAGAGUACCAAACGAAUCUAGUGCCAUAUCCCCGCAUUCAUUUCCUGCUGACCAGUUACGCGCCACUUCUGUCCGCCAGCAAGUACAAACAUGAGCAAAUGAACGUCAGGGAGAUCACUGUUGCUGCUUUCGAAGAAAGGAAUAUGAUGGCCAAGUGUCGCCCCUCUAUGGGAAAAUACAUGGCUUGUUGUUUGAUGUACAGAGGAGACGUUACGCCAAAAGAUGUUAAUGCUGCAAUGGGGACUAUCAAAGCAAGGCGAGAUAUCAAUUUCGUUGACUGGUGCCCCACCGGAUUCAAAACUGGUUUAAACUACCAGCCACCUACAUUCGUGCCAGACAGUCACCUGGCUGCAGCACCUCGCUCUGUUUGUAUGAUGAGCAACUCCACAGCAAUCAAGGAAGUUAUCGACAGAAUAGACACCAAGUUUGACAAAAUGUAUUCCAAGAGAGCCUUCGUUCACUGGUUCGUGGGCGAAGGUAUGGAGGAGGGACAACUCACUGAAGCACGAGACGACUUGGCUGCUCUGGAGAGAGACUACGACGAGGUUGCUGCAGACACAAAGAUUGAUGCCGACGAAGAAGAAGAUGUGAAUGAGGACUCGCUCCCGAACUGA